AUGGGAUCAUUAGAAAUUGAAGCUGACCUACAGAGAGUAAGCAAAGCCAACCAGAGUGAUGAGAUUAUUAGAAAUAGUGGUAAGAAGCUGACCAAUAGAGGGUUAAUAAAUGUAAGCCUGUCAGAGGGAUUGGAUCGAUCAACAGAUCACAAGUUUACAUACUGUUCACACAGAAGAUUACAGACUCAAUCUAAAAUGGACUCUAAAGAUGUUAAAAAGAAGAGGGUUCAACCUACAAUGGAAAACUGGAGAAAAAGAUUUAUAGUGCAGGGAGAAUGUGGAUUGGACUUUUCAAAACUUCCAGUCAAGAGACGCCACUCUAAAUCUUCAAAACUUGGCUCAACCAAAAUAAAAUCAAGAAAAGCUGGCACUACCGGUAUGUCUUCUACUGACAUACCUGCUGCAAAUGAUCAGCAACAUUUUGAAGUUGGAAGUCUGAGUGACUGUAUUGUGUCUUCUGCAAAUACUGAAAAUCGUGAAGAGCCUCUGAGUGGUGAUGUGCUUUUGAACAUUGGUGGUGAAAAUACAGACGACUGCAAGCUGUAUUUAUUUUCAAUAUUUCAAAGCAGGGGAUGUGUUUUUUUGGACAGGGAUUUAGAAGUGUGUGCCCUAAUGGACUGGGAUUCCACCGAUAAAACACUAAGUAAAGUCAGACCUAUAAUUGUGCAAAAAAUGCCACAGUUGGGAUAUGCCUGCUCUUGUGAUUUAGACAGACAUACUUUCAUGAACAAAGUUUCAUCCUGCACCUCUGAAGAUGUAGAGGAACUGUAUGCAGGAUGUAUACAUGUUGAGGCUGCUAAAGAGCUUUGUAGAAAAUUUAAGGAUCUUUAUGGUGUGGAAGAAGAUUCUGAGGAGAUUUCUGGUUCAGAGGAUCAUCGUUACAGUGAAGAAAAUUCCUGUCCCCAAGAAAAAACACUUUGUCAGAAGUUGGACUGGGGAAUGGAGAAAACCUAUGCCAUCAGAAAUGACAAUCUUCAUCCUCCAUUUGCCAUCAUCGGGUUUUCCUAUGGAAAACUUAGAUGCCUAUCUUGUCAGAACAGAUGCAAGCACUUACAGGAAUUAGAAAAAAUAUUCAAAAAUGCCGACUUCUUCGAUAAUUCUGAUAUGUUCGAACUAUUCGCAGCAAUGGCAAAAACACCUGAGGCGUCUAACACCUAUUCAUUAAAAACACUUUCUACUUCUGCAAUUCCUUUUAGUUUGACAACAAUACAAAAGGAAAAUAUAUGUAAAAACAUCUCAGAUAUUUUUAUUGAAGAAGAUGGGGUACUACAAGUCAUUCCAACUGAUAACUCUUGUUGUCAACAUUGUGGUGCCUCAUCUGAUCAAGAAAAUUUAGUUGCCAUGAAAGAGAUGUCAUGGAUUGUGACGAGAUAUGGAUUCAGGGAAGCUCAAUGCUUUCAUCAAUGUUGUUCAAUUUGUGGAAAUCUUUUGCCAUAUGAUGGGCAGGAUAAUUGUUUGCUGAACAUGGGAAGGUUUCUUAUUCAUUAUGAAGUGCUGAGAGACUAUAUGUUCCAGUUUUUUCAUUCAAGAUCGACUCUCUCAGCAUUUUACAAAACAAUGUCUUGUCAUCAGGAAGAUGCCGGAAAUCAAAAUUUUGCUACUUCAUUCUUGUAUUCCCAUUUUCGAUGGAGUUGGUAUUGCUUCAUGAGAUUACUAGACAUUGAUUAUAACAGAGCAUUCGUUUGCAAGGCUCCAUCUUGUGGGAAGCAGCCAACGAUACUGCUCUUUGAUGGAACAUCUUUGGCCUUUCAAAGAGCAUCUUUGCCAGUUGUUUUCGAAUCUGAAAUGAACAGUGACGAGCCCGUUUUCAAAAUAUUAAGUAGAUACAAUGACCGAAUGCUAAUCCCAGACAAGACAACAAGGUCUUACCUAAGAUCCUUUGUCAAAAGUGAUGGCAUAUCAAGAGAAGAACUGGUGGUUCUGAGGCAGAAGAUUAUUGAUGUGUCACCUUGUCUCCUCCCUCUUCUUCCUGAUGCAGAGAUACAUGAAAGGGAAGAUGAAAGAUUCAACUGCAAUCCAGAAUUCAAAGAUUUUCUUCUUCUUCUCUCCUGUGACUCACCACUGUGUGCUACAUUCCAUUUUUCCAACAUUCAUUUAAUUGCUGAAAUUCUUAAACUAAGACCAAAUUCUGAAUUACCAUCACCUUUAUUGAACCAGCUACAGCAAAACAUUCCUAUCUUGUUUGAGCUUUUUACCAAUAUUGGAUACCUGCCAAAUGUAUUCUUUCCUAUUUUGGAUAUUAUUCAAAAACGUGUUCAGGCUACAUUUACUGGAAAUGUGCAGUCAUCACAGGUUUCAGAUCAAGAGUCUUCGCCAUUGGCUUGCUAUCCAUCUCUGCUUGCUGUCCGCAAGAGGGGUAGAUAUGAAGCUGACAGCAGAAAGCCACUUGGAUCAUGUAGAAAAACUGGGGCACGACAUCCCUCAUUGUUGCCUGGGAUUUUUACAGUAUUUUGUCCUCAUGGUGUAUGCUAUGGCUUUGAAGUAAUGGUGACAGCUGAGUCUCCAAAUGUCCCAUUUACCUUCUUGAAGACAAGAUUUGAACAGCCCCCCGAAAUUGUCAUUUAUGACAAUGCAUGCAACCUAUUUCAAUAUGCAUUGAAUCGGGAUCCUGCAUAUUUCAAAGAUACGCGAUUCCUCAUUGACAGUCUGCAUUGGCCAAAUCACAAAAAAUGUGCAGCAGGAUAUGAAGCUCGCAGCUACCCAAGAUUGAGAGGGAUAAAUACUCAAAUUGUAGAGCAGAAUAAUGCAAAAAUCAGAAAAUUAAAGAGUUCCCUGUCAUACAUGAAACCUGAGAACUUUAUUGAUACAUUGAAAUUAUUCCUGUGGUACAACAAUGAACAAAUCAACAAAAAAUAUAGUUAAAUGUGCUGGGUCAAAUGCCAGAGUCUGCAACAAUUAAACAUUGAUUAAUGGA